AUGUGGGAGCUGGAACGAAGGUUGCGGGGCAAGCGAAAGCUUCUGCUCACACUGAAGCCGCUAUGCGCCAUCAUCGCGCUGUUGAGCAUUCUCUUCUUUCUUCGAGGAGACGAGUGGUACUCCCCGGGAGCCGGAGUGUUGCUCCGAGGCAGUCAGAUCCCCGGUUCAGAUGACUUUGAUUUCACCGAAUUCGAUUUCGAGCAACGAGACAAUAGCCAUCCCAUCGCGGGUUUGAUAAGAGAGGCGGACGAGAAGUGGCUGCGAUAUGAGGAGGAUCGGUCCAGGACGUUUCGAGAGACUGUCGCCAAAUACCGAAAGAAAUACGGACGCCAUCCCCCGCCAGGCUUCAAAGAGUGGUAUAUCUACGCGCGCAAGCGAAAUGUCCACAACAUCGACGACUUCGACCAGAUCAUGGACGAUCUACGCCCAUUCUGGGCGGUCGAUCCCAAGGUCAUCCGGAAGAUGGCUGCCAAGCUGUCUGAGAACGAGGCAGACGGAGUAUCGGGCGUGCACAUCCGCAACAAGAGGGUCUCUUUCCUGACGAACAAGAGCUGGCGUUCGGAGGCGAUGGCGAAACUCAUUUCCCCUUUUGUGAAGUAUCUGCCGGACAUGGAUAUCGCAAUCAAUGUGCUGGACCAGCCCCGGCUGGUCGUUCCUUUCGAAGAUAUGCAGGCGCUCUUAACUGCGGAAGUAGAGUCCCGGCAGAUGAUCCCCGAUACGAUUGACAGUUUCACCAAGGGCAUGGAGUUCUUUCGCGACAAGCACAAGGCGCCGGGAGACUGGGACGAUGCGACUAACCCAGAAUGGUUUCCCUACCCUUCAAAGCAGUACAUGGAUAUAGCGACGCCCGCAUGCCCACCGGAAUCGCCGGCGCGGAAUUCGUCCAUCACGAUCGUCGAAGCGGACGCUCUGUACAAGUCGAAAUUGGGCGGUUUGGUAACGAAUUUCAAUCUCUCUUCAGAUCUGUGCACGGUGGGACCAGCACUGCAGGACAAGCAUGGCUUUCUCUACUCGGCGUCCACGAUCAUUGCGUCGAAGCGUCUGCUUCCGAUCUUCAGCGAGUGCAAGGUCAGCGUCAACAACGACAUUCUCUUCCCGGCCAGCAUGUAUACGCUCCGGGACAAGCGUUACGUCUAUAAUGCAAGACACGACUGGGCGUGGGGGCGCAAGGCCGAUACUCUUAUCUGGCGCGGCGUCACAUCGGGCGGCGUGCAGCGGGCGGACAACUGGCAAAACAUGCACCGGCAACGCCUGGUCCGGCUCGCCAAUGGGACGUUCAUGCGCGACCAGGAGGUGACUAUCCUGAGCGAAGCUCUGCACCGCGAGGGCGAGUAUCGAAACUUCGACCACUUCCAGCCGUCGUGGUUCGCAAACAAGCAUUUCGACGUGGGCUUCACCGAGUCGUGGGGCUGCAUCCCAAACUGCUCGUUCUACGACGACGUGUUCACGUACAAGCCACGGGUGUCGCUCUCGGAGCAGUUCAAGAACCGGUACCUGGUGGACGUGGACGGGCACAGCUUUUCGGGCCGGUGGCGGGCAUUCCUGCAGAGCAAGUCGCUGGGCAUCAAGGCGACCAUUUUCCGUGAAUGGCACGACUCGCGACUGUUCGCAUGGCGGCACUUCAUCCCGCUGGACAACCGCUACGACGACCUGUACACGAUCAUGACCUACCUGAUCGGCACAGGCCGUCCAGGCUUCGACCGCGAGCCGGAGGACAACUACGCGAACGCAGACGCGUACGUGCGCCCGCACGAUUUCGAGGCGAGGCUGAUCGCCGCGCAGAGCCGCGACUGGGCGCACCGGGUCCUCCGCAGGGAGGACAUGGAGAUCUACGUGUUCCGGCUACUGCUCGAGUACGGACGGAUCAUCGACGACAACCGCGACGAGAUCGGAUACAGCGGCGACGGCAGCGAGCUGGACGAGUUUGACCGGAAGCAUCCGAUCCCGGAGAUCCCGGACAUAUUCAAAUGGAGGAGCGAGAAUGCUUCACCAUAA